CAUGGAGGACCGAGUUUUGGCUUUGAAAAACAGAAUAAUGAAGCAUCCUCUGGUGAAAAAGGAAAAGUUGAAUCCUAAAACAUGGAUUAAUUCAGAGCAUGUUAAAGAUUUCACAGAUUUCAUCCUCCAGAAAGAGCCAGAGCCAAACACAGAUUUCGAUAAUGUGGAGAUGUUGCUACAGACAGAAAAAGAAUACAUCGAAGCAGCAAAAAGGAACGAUGUGGAAACCAUGAAGCUUUUAGGACGGGCUGUGAACGUUAAUGCUAAAAACGUGCACCAUCGAACUGCACUUCACUAUGCUGUAGCCCGCAAAAACACAGAAGCUGUUGAUCUCCUUCUUAGAAGAAGAGCAAAACUAGACUUGCAGGACAAGUUUGGAGUCACUGCUAUUCACCUUGCUGCAUGGUUUGGCAGUUUGGAAAUCCUGAAGCUCCUUGUACAGGGUGGUGCUGAUCAGAGGGUUUUGAACAAGGAAGGGAUGAACAUGAUGCAUUGUGCUGCAGUGAACGAUCACACAGACAUCAUGGCGUACAUUGUUGAUGACCUUCAAAUGAAAGAACUCAACAAAGAAGAUCAUCAUGGAAACAGGCCAUUUGCUGUAGCAGCGGAGCACGGCUGCGUGCGGAUGUUGCAGAUGCUGAUGGAAGAACCUUACAAGAUGGCCACCAUGGAGGAAAAUCAGCAGAAAGGAGACACACCUUUACAUCUUGCUGCUAAGAAUGGUCAUCUCGGUGCCGUGCAGCUGCUGCUUGAUUAUUUUGAAGUCCGUAAUGAAGUCAAUCAUGCUGGGGAAACACCAUUAUAUUUAGCUGCUGAUGGAGCUCAUGAGGACUGUGUUUUGGCUCUCCUAGAAGCUGACUGUGACCCAAACAUUCCCACUACAAACAGAAUCAGCCCUCUCCAUUUGGUGUGUGAAAAGGGCUACAUGCCAGUGGUGAAGCUCCUUAUUGAUCAUGGUGCUCAGAUGAAUAUUCAAAACCAACAUUUACAGACACCAUUUCACUUAGCAGUGAAGAACUGUUACACUACAGUGAUUGAAUCUCUGCUGGAAUCUCACUGUGACACUGAUCACACAGAUCACCUGGGCCAGACAGCGCUCCAUAUAGCAGCAGAAUUGGGCAAAGUGGACGUGAUUGAGAUUAUUCUGAAAGCUGGCGUAAAUCUGGAGAUUAAAGACAGGCAAGGUAAAACAGCCUUAGGUGUGGCAGCCAGAGCUGAUGUCGUGAUCAUUGUAGACAUGAUCAUCAAAGCUGAAAGAUACUUCAGUUGGAUAAAGUCCAAUACAGAAACUAAUGAAGACCUUCAUGAUGAGUUUUCACUAACAUUUAAACCGGACCACCGCGCUGAGACGAAACAGGUGCGCGGUAUGCUGUGGAAUCUGGCCUACAAACUUCUCAGCAAGAACGAGUGGAAGAAACUGGCAGAGCACUGGGCCUUUACUGAGGAACAGAUUGCUGCCAUUGAGGAGCAGUGGACAGGUCCUAACAGUUACCAGGAGCAUGGAAAUAGAAUGCUGCUCAUUUGGCUCCAUGAAGUGUUAGUUGCUCAGAGAAGCCCAGCUAAGGAGCUCUACCAGGGACUAAUUGCUAUUGGCAAUACCAAAAUGGCAGAAAAAGUAAGGCUGGAAGGAGAGGACAACGAUAAACGGAGCUGUGAAAUUUCAUGAAAGCCUGGAAACUGAAUGUACAAAAUACUUUAUUUCACACAGAGCCUUAAAGUGCCAUUCCACCAUUGGAUGUAUUCUUUGGCAUAAAAUACAAUAUAUUUUAUGACAACAUGACUAGACAGAGAAAUCUUUCAGCUUCAAAAUGAUAAACAAUUUUUUGACAACGACAAGUAUAUUAAUUUUGCGACCGAAGUCACCUACCCUUUUAAUUUCCGCGCGGUAGUGAAACGUGAUGUCAUCGGCAGGUUCCCCUUCUUGUGUACCACGUGUCGGUCUAUUUUUAGACCAGGAAACCCCCAAAGUGAGAGAGUCAUUUCUCCUCGUAUAUGGGGGCCAAAAAAAAUUGCGAAAAAUUUUGAGUUAAUCUUUCAGUUAGCUAGAUUUAUUGGUAUUAGCUAGAUUUAUUGGUAUUAUUUUUAUUGCGUUCUAUCCGCCAUUGCUGAUAAUAUGUGCCACGUCACACGUCACGUGGUACACAAGAAGGGGAACCUGCCGAUGACAUC